AUGUUCCGUUCGAAGCACAAAAGCACAACAGACCGCGCAGAGCCCAAGCUGCUACGCAAACUCGGCAACAAUGAGGUAUACCAGCUUGCUAUGUACCUGUUGGACCAAUACAGAGGUACCUCUGUUUCAAGCCGAUACUCGAUUCCCGUGACGCUCUCGGGUCCUGAGUCGCGAGAUGAGCUGGUUCGAGCCGUUGAAAACGCCAUUGUCGACGCGGUUCUCAAACAUGGUGUCCUGCAGGUUGCAAUUGCAGAUGCUCACUCCAAGAGCCCCACGUGGGUUCAGUUAGAGACCCUUAACUUGCGCCAGCACGUCACAUGGCACUUCAAGGACUCUGAGGCGGAGCUCGAAGGUAUCUUACAAGAAAUCCUCGCAGACGAGGUUGAUGCCACGUACCCUGAACUUGACAGCCGGCCAGGAUGGAGAGUUGUCGUCAUUCGUCCUCAGCAAACACAGUUUGUGGAGAUCGUGUUCACUUGGAAUCACCCUCACUGCGACGGCAUGAGUGGCAAGAUAUUCCAUGCAAGUCUUCUGGAAAGUCUGGACAGCGCAGCACUGGGGAAAGACGCAGAGAAUGACACAGACGACUUGUCAGUAAUCAAAUUGCCAGACUCGCCUCCCAAUUUACCUCCACCGGUCGAGGAAAUUUGCAAGCUGCCUGUGACGCUCCCUUUUAUCCUCAAAACAAUGUGGGAAGAAUGGGGCCCAACAAUGCUCACAGCAAAGCCAACACUGGCAAAAUGGGCACCGAUACCUAGCCGCUCAAGCCCAUUCAAGACACAGGUUCGCGCCUUCACAGUCGAGGCCGAACCGCUGGGGAACAUCCUACGCGCUUGCCGACAGCACAAGACAACACUCACCGGCCUCCUCCAUGUGCUCACACUCACCUCACUCGCCUCGCAGCUGGCUGAGGACGCCGCGCCUGCUUUCGCAAGCGGCACCACCAUGGACAUGCGGCGAUACGUGGACCCGAAACCCCCGGCGUACCCCUGGCUCGAGCCCGACCGAACCAUGGGGAACUUCGUGACUAUCAUGACGCACGAAUUCGAGCGCGGGCUCGUGAGCCAGAUCCGCUCCCUGGUCUCCCGCUCUGCAACCGACCCACCCACCUCUGGAACAGUCGAGGGAGGGAACAGAGCCGAGGUAUUGUCCGCCGAGCUUGUGGACCUGAUCUGGUCGGACGCCGCCAGGGUGCGGGGAGAAAUGGAACAGAGGCUCGCAAUGGGUCUCAAGAAUGACAUAGUUGGAAUCAUGAAGUUCAUCGGGGACUGGCAGCAGGAGAUGGCCAACGCGGCCCGCAAGCCCCGGGUGCACUCGUGGUGGAUCACGGGCACCGGUGUCCUGGACGGGAAGUCGUCCAAGACGGGCCCCGGCAGCGGUAGUGCACCGUCCCUGCCGCCGGUAUCGUCUAGUACUGAUGACGUCUGGGCGAUCCGGAGGGCGCAGUUCGCACUGAGCACGGAGACGACUGCCGCUGCGAUCAACAUCUCGCCCCUGACGGUAUCCGGAGAGCGGCUGUGCGUUGGCGGCAGCUGGCAGGAUUGCCUUUUUGAUGAGUCUCUUGGGGAACGUGUAAUGGCUGACUUGGAGGGCUGGCUGGGCCAACUGGCUCAGCAAUCGUCAUAG